AUGAUUGCGGUGACGGAUGCAGUGCUGGUGCACGGCGGGCUGCGCGGGGCGGUCUCGCUGGCGAUGGCCCUGCUGGUUGAACUUGAGCACCAGAUUCCGGACAAAACGCGCAACUAUGCCAUGUUUUAUGGUGCCGGCAUUACAUUCCUCACACUCGUCAUCAACGCGCCAACGGCUGGACACCUCGUUCGGUGGCUCGGUCUACUGCGGGCAUCGCAUGCGCAGAGCGAGCAGUUCAAUCGCGGCGUGAAGUUGCUGCUGUCAAAGUUGACAGCAGACAUGCAAGCGUCAAUUGAGCGCGCGCCCGAGGACCAGAAGUCCCUCUGCAAUUGGCCAAGGGUGAAGCAGUUUCUGUCGUUUGAAGAGCUCAUCCAGCCCGUCAGCCACCGCAUGGGUCGCCAGCUCUCUGCCGCUGAGCUCGCAGUCAUCAACCGCGACCCGCACGCGCAAGACAACGACGACGAUGACGCCCUUGGUCUCAUCGUCCCAGACGAGGACGAAGCAGAUUCGGCGCUGUGCUGUGCGCGUGUGCGUCGCCCCGAGCAGCGGUUGAGUGCACGCGCUCUCCGCCUGCAGGAGGCACGCCUUCGCUUUCUCCGCGGAACUGUCGAGGUGUAUCAUCAACUGUCGCUUGACGGGCAGCUGUCGAGCGAUUCGCUCAAAGCGCUGCUGGCGGCAGAGGAGGCGGCCGAGGACCGCUGCCACAAACCCUUCUCAGAGUGGACGGACACGCUGUGGAGCGUGUGCAAGAACCCCAGCUGGCUCAGUUUCUUGCUGAAGAAGAACAGGUGGGCGACAGUUGGCGAGUGCCAGGGAACACACGAGGUGCUUGAGCAGCUGCGACAGGAGAGCACGCGGGCGACGCUUGGCGCAAAGGCGUACUUGGAAAAGGUGGCGCGGAAGUAUGCAGCAGAGACGGCACAGGUGUACACAGAGCAGGUUGCCAAUCGGAUGCUGGCACAACUGAACAAGAACAUCCACAAACUCGCUGGGGAAGGGCACUUUGUUGAUGCUGAGCUCGAUACGCUUGCAAAGUUUAUCAAGAAGAAGCAGGCACUGCUGCUGCGCGGGCGGGCGGAGUUUGCGCCGCCGAGCGAGCGGGACACGCUUCGUGUUUCCCGCCUGUUUUCUCUUGUUGACGAAGGGCUGUUCAACGACGUCAUGAUGUCACACGAUGAAGUUGUGCUGGACACGGGUGGUCUCCUCCUUGAUUCGCAGCAGCAGCAGCAGCAGCAGCAGCAGCAGCAGCAGCAGCAGCAGCAGCAGCAGCAGCAGCAGCAGCAGCAGCAGCAGCAGCAGCAGCAGAGUGAUGGCGUGUUUUACAUUGCACAAGGCUCGCUUGAGUACACGCAUCCACAAGGGUUUCAGCAGGUGCUGGAUCGGGGUACAUAUGUCAACGCCGCGUCCAUGCUGGCGAACAAGGCGCCUCUCCUGACCAUUACAGGUGCUCACUUGUGCUGA